AUGACUGAAAAAAACAAGUACAAGCAGCUAGAAGGUGCUCAUUUCUCUCUUGCAACUUCUGACGGUGAACUGCUACGGUACGAUGAAAUUUUUAAUUCUCAUCUAAACGACUUGGAAAAAGGUCAUGCAGCUCUCAGGAAGCAAACCUCAAAAAGCGUCCAUCAACAUGAUUAUACUACAGAGGACGAAAACAAGAGAUUUUACAUUAAUAUGCUUGACAUUAUCGACACAUGCAGUCUUUGCCCCUCUUUACCCGAGCAUGUACAAACCGGAAUAUUCUGGGAUCUUAUGAGACUCCAAUCUCAAAACAAUAAGCAAUUGUCAAUUGAUGAAACGGAAGUUGCUUUUAAUAAUUCAUUCUACUCUGUUACACUAAAUGCUGACACGAUUAUUCCUUAUUCAAGUUGGAGUUUGAAUUUGUCAUCAUCUGUCUUUCAGAUAGCAAAUACAAAAACCAAUUUGAGUUGA